AUGAACACUAGCAGCCCCCUGUUCGUGGCCCAAGAGGCUGUGUGCUUCUACCCAAUCAGCACUAUUUAUGACUCGUGUCCGCGAUAUUUAUUCUACGCCCUGCUUGCGGUCUCAAUCUUGACACGAUGGACUGGAUGGCUGAGCGAUGUAUUUUUGGGGGCCGCAGCGACGUACGCAGGAACUGCCUCUAUCCAAUCUUUUAUUCUCGUGUCGAGCCCACAAAAGUUCCAGCAGUUAUCCGAUGUCACAAUUCCAUAUGUCGCAGAGAAUACGACGCUUCAACAAAGCUUUCCUCAGAUAGUGACAGACACGAACAUUUUGUCGAUCUCCCCGGGCGCGCUCGAGCUUGAUGGCGAUGCUGUACUUGCUAUUGUCGUUACGGGUUACCUCGUCUUCUUGCCCCUGAUGUGUUGGUCACGAUACUUUUCUGGUCAUCAAAGAGCCCGUGCUCUUCUGUUUUGCUUAUGGAACCUUCUCAUGCUGGCCGGUGGAAUUUGCGCACUGGUAUACUCGAAACAAAAGUCCAAAACUCCGACCCAAUACAUGUUUUGCUAUCCCGAUCUUCCGCCAUUCGAUGAAACCUCUAGUGAUGGUUGGCAGGCAUCCUGGCGAACUUCGUCUUGGAAUGAAAGUGUAUGGGAAACCUUCUCGAAUAUAUCCCGAUGGAAUGAGCUCGGAGAUCUCUGCUUCAAUCCCUGUUUCAACUCUAGUCAGAUUCUGCGGCAACCUACCAGCUUAGAGUCUUGGGUUGCAACUAGAGAUUCAGAGCUUGACAACCCGAACAAAUUCAUCAAUAAGGUAAUAUAUUCAAAGCGAUACAUCUACAGCUUAGUUGGUCUAUCUGUUAUCCUCAACUUUGUUCAUCUCACGUUCAAAUGGCUACCAUAUCGCUCAAACAUUCCGUCGGCUCAGAUUAUCGUCAUCUGGAGGGAACGAAGGAACAUGUGGAACAGUUUCAAGGGUGACCUUCGUGAUGCUCUGUCAAAAUCAACCAGCGAGCUCACCUUGGAGAAAGGAAUGGAACGACCAUCCGCGAAAGCUCUUUCGAUCUGGAGGAAAGUCCGUCCAGCCUUAACUAUCCGCUUCAUCAAGGCCGCAAUCCGCGUCACCUUCGAUUGCCUGAUCCUUUUCGGGUUAUUGUUCAGCAUGAUAAUCAGUCCCUUUACGACCGUUGCGUUUAUUGUCUGGAUAGAGUGGUGGAUUCAUAACGAUGGGCCAGGGGGGUUCAAACCAAGAAUCGGAGCAGCAGGUAGGACAGUGGUCGUAUCUGGUCGGUAUCGCUUUGCUCAUAAUCUCGGCCGCAAUACUCGCCUUAAAAUAUCGAAUUGCAUCGACCUGUGA